AUGGAAUUCCAGUCGUCUGAUAAACAGAAGCGGGAGAUGAAGACAAUAAUCGAAAUAUUCAUCGAAAACGGAUGGUCCAUCAAUCAAGUUAUCAGUUAUUUCUCUUCAUUUGUUGAGGAAUCGAUUGUUAAUGCUCUGAUGGUUGAAAAAUACGCGGAUAUCAUUGUGGAUUUAUAUGAUAAUAAAAACGUAGAAUCGCACGACAUGGGUCUCUAUAUCCUCAUCAACAUCAUUGAAAAUGUUCAUCGAAUUGUGGCGACGAAUAAGGAUGAAAAUCCACAAAAAUACAAGAACUCGACAAUUUUCCUAUUGUUUGUGGAAACAAUUGUGCAAAUUUGUGAUGAGCGAUCCGAGUAA